AUGCCUUUCUUAAAGGGAGUGCAAGUUAAUAAUAUCGUUUUGCAGAGAUUCUUUAAGAUCAUAAGUAACGCAUUUUCUGAUUUGCAGGCAGAUGUAGAUAACAGUGGAACCAUUGAUUAUGGAGAAUUCGUAGCUGCAACAUUGCACCUAAACAAAAUUGAGAGAGAAGAUCAUCUAUUUGCAGCUUUCUCCUACUUUGACAAGGAUGGAAGUGGCUAUAUUACUCCAGAUGAGCUUCAACUAGCUUGUGAGGAGUUUGGCAUAGAGGAUGUUCGCCUGAAGAAAUGA